AGCUUGCUAGAAGAAAGCUCGGUCCAGGAUAUAUGCGAAGUGCACCAAUAUUGCACCUGGCACUGCCGUAGUCGACUGCAGGCGAAUACAAGUAGGAGAUGAAUACGAACAGCAGCUGGUCCUCACACUAACAGGACUCCAUGCAUCCUCUAGCAAUGGCUAGCCUACCUUGGACCAACACACCAUUUCGAGCUUGAAAAAGGGAGACGAAGAAGCGUCGAGUAACUCCGGCCGUUGUCGUGAGACAUGGAAUAUCUGGCCAAUAUUCCUGACUCUAGAGUGGCUACACAGGCCUCCAGAUAUUGCAAUUUGACUGUGCAUUCUGGUAAUGCUUCGUAUAUAGAGAGUUAUGAGGUGCCGUAGGUUUGACAAGUAUAAGCUGCACGAGCGGCUAGAUGCAGAGACGUGGUGUUCCGUCAAACCCAGGCAGGCCAAAUUUCACCAAUAGAUCAGACCAAGUCAACGGUCUACUAUACACUCAGCCUUCCGACAUUGACGGAGACACAGCGAUGCAGCCAACCAGACCGUGGUGUGUCUUGGGUGUUGGAAUAGGGGGCUUGGGGCCAAUGGUAAUUAAAAGGGAGAGCAAGGUCUUAUUGUCUCAUUUGAAACCCCAGUGCUCUGUACCAUCAUCAGAAUUUCCCGCACGAUACAUAUGGCUAGGCCAAGCCAAAGAAGGAUUGUGUGUGACGCAUGACAAGGUCACGGCUGCGUAUACUUUGCAGGUGCUUCAAGAGAUUGCUAGCCUCCGAUGCAGGGCGGAUGUAGGGGGGCAAAUAAUGCCCUCUCAUUUGAAGCUUUGCGGCUCGCUUUCCGUGAAGAGCCCAUGUACAACAUGUGCUGAGCUCCAGUGGAGCUAAAAACCAUAAAUCGUUUUUUUUUCUGGGCGAAAUUAAUGUGCGGAUCUUGGCGGCUUUCCUAAUU